AUGACCAAAUUCAUGCGAACUCUUUAUGAUGUGACAAAAUCCUUAUCAACUCCUCCUACCAAACUUGCGUUGAUUGUAAGAACAGAUUUGAAAAUGUCUAAAGGUAAAACUGCCGCCCAGUGUGCCCAUGCAGCUGUUCUAUGUUUCCAAGAGGCUCAAUGCAGCUCAAAUCGGAAAACACAAGAACUCUUAAACUCUUGGUUUGUAAAGGGCCAACCAAAAAUUGUUCUAAAAGUGGAGGGCGGUUAUGAGGAUCUGAUAAAGCUUAAAAGUGAGGCCUUGCAACAAGGUGUUGUAGCAGCCCUGGUCCAAGAUGCUGGGAAAACACAACUAGCUGCUGGCACGGCUACAGUUUUAGGCAUAGGUCCUGACACGGUGGAGAAUAUCGAUAAAUUGGUGGGGCAUUUAAAACUAUUGUAAUUUUGUUUCUAUAUUUAAAAUUAAUAAUAAUAAGUUAAGAAAAGAAAUUAA